CCUCCAGUCAGCGCGGGCCUUACUCAGCCUCGCUCGGCCGUAGCAACAGCUCCGGCUGCGGCCCGCCCUCCUCUCCUCCGCUCCUCCUCCGCCCGCGGCCUGUGGAGCUCCCGCUGCCGCUUCCCGGUACCGCUGCCCGGCGGGCCCUUGGCUGCCGUGGGCGGCUCCUCCGGGCCGGGAGGCUCCUCCGGGCCGGGCAGCGCCCCUGCGGUCUCCACCGUGGGAUGUGUGUCGGUGUGGUACCGGCUUGCCUGCGGUGCUUGUCCUUUAGUUCAUGCCUCAGCCUCCAAGGCUCGUAAAGUCAACACCGCUAAAACUGGCAAACCUGGACAUGAUCUCUCCCGCCUUUUAAUAAUUGGUCUGGAGACUUCCACCAGCGGAGGGAUGGAGGUGCCUCUGGAGUCGGCUUUGUAAUUCAGGAAGAUUUCCUCGCAGCAAGUUGGAUAAAGUUUCUUUCUAGGGUGUAACUGCUGCUGAAGGAGGAUUUUAAAGGAGGGCUGAUGACAACAAAAGCAAACUCUCCUGUGACAGCAGGAUCUAUAGUUGUCCCUUUAGGGCAUGUCAUUGGAAACGAGAAGUGGAGAGGGUCGGAGCUGGCCCAAAGGCUACAAGGGAAAGUUAGACUCAUCUUUGAAGAUGGCUUGGAAUUGGUGGACUUUCAUCUUCCAAACAGAACUUGCAUUUUACUUAUUUCUGAAGCAGAUUUGGUUGCAGGGGAUGAAUUCAAACGAAGAUUGGUGAAGUUUAGAAAUGCCAGCAGUCUGAGGGGAAUUGUAAUCGUAGAGAAAACCCCAAUCAGUGAUCAGUACUACCUAGGAGUGCAAAAACUUGUGGUACUCGAACUUGGCAUGGUGUUGCUUCCUGUGGCAAAUCAAGGAGAAGCUUCUCAGCUUAUUAUUCAACUAGUGCGGGAGCAGAGCCGGGAUCGCGGCUCCAACCCGUUCGUGGGCCGGCAGCGCGGGCGGCCGGCGGAGCCCGCGGUGCUGCAGGCGCUGCAGCGCAUCCCCGGCGUGGGCAGAACUAAAGCUCUGCUCCUGCUGCAGCGCUUCGGGAGCAUCCACCGCCUCUGCAACGCGGACAGCCAGGAGCUGGAGCAGGCAGUUGGAUCAACAGCAGCUCAACAGAUUUAUACUUUUCUACAUUCCUGACGUGCACGUGCAGUGGUGCUUUCCAAAACAAAACCUUGCGAUUUUUCUUCUGAAUUGCAACAUUUUCACUGUAAUAAUCACAUAUCAUGCUGAUUUCUGUAAUCAUAGCUAGCAGCAACUGGCCUCUGAUGCUUCUUUUUUACAUCUGCUCUGUUCAUGUAGAUUAAGCUGUGGAAAUUGCCUUGGAAAGAACUCUGUGUAUUUUGUAUCUAUCUGGAACAAAUAAAAAAGAAGAAAUCUC